GUUUUCUUUAACCGAGUAAACCACUAGCCAAGAAAAUGCAAUUAAUUGUCUUUGUUUUAUUUUUCAAACAAAAGGACAAGUUGAACCGAUUCGAUCUUGCAUGUACAAGUUGCAGUUGAGAUUCGAAAAGCUGAGGUUUAAAAGUCCCUCCACUUUGGCCGAAACUCCUUGUGUAACGUUUGCCAGGCGGAACAACCAGCUAUUUUAUAUUUAAUCAGGACCGUGUAAUUGCUAUAGGCGAAAAUUCAAAAUUCUACGAAGUUAAACUUUCAUAAAUUUUAGGCAAGAAAGGAAAAAAGAAAGCGGGGAAAAAGGUAGGUGCUCAAAGUCUAAUUACGUACCCCUCCCUACGAAGUCUAUUUGUCGCCAAGUCAUAUGACUGACAUUUUGUGGACUUGUCUGCGCGAGAGUUCACAAAAGUUUCAGCAAGUUACACGCAGCGCUAGUACGGGUCGAAAGUAACUAUGGAAGCUACAUCGUGGGUUGUGUUCGUAUGUUUGCUGUGCUUCGGAUCAUUUUCGUCUGCAACGGUCGUAAGACAUCCAUUUUUAGAGCAUUUAUCAAAGUUCUCAGACCAGGACUGUGUAACUGAUGCUUACCCCCCAAGUGAAAGGGAGGUUCCUUGGGAAGUUGUAAAUCUUGACCUGCCACCUGAACAAAGAUACAACGAUCUUGUCAGCAAGAAGAUAGAUGAGCUGAAUAACUUGCUCCACUAUAUCAAAAACUUCACAAGUUUUAUCCUGGAUGGAAAGCUGUUUGGGUUUAUUGACAAAUAUUUGGUUCCUCUUGCAGAAACUCUUCCAGAUCCCUAUGGAAGAGAGAUUAAAGGAUUGGCCAGUGCCACCAGCAUUCCUCUUGGUGAGAUUGUUUUGUACAAUAUCUUCUAUGAAGUUUUUACAGUUUGUACAUCUAUAGUUGCUGAGGACAAGUCAGGAAAUCUUUUCCAUGCACGUAAUCUGGAUUUUGGCCUAUUUCUGGGCUGGGAUGAGAAGAAUAACACCUGGAUGCUGUCUGAGAUUCUUAGGACCCUAAUUGUGAAUAUUGAUUAUCAGAGAAGUGGAAAAACUGUUUACAAAACAGUCAGCUUUGCUGGAUAUGUUGGUGUCCUUUCAGGAAUAAAACCGGGAGUCUUCACACUUACUCUAAAUGAAAGAUUCAACAUCAAUGGAGGUUACAUUGGGAUUAUUGAGUGGAUACUUGGUAUGAGGAAUGUGAAAUGGUCAAGUUUCCUGACUCGUGAUGUGCUUGAAAGUGCAUCAAGUUUCAAGGAAGCACAUGACAUGUUGGCAAAUGAUGAAGUAUUAGCUCCAGUUUACUACAUACUCGGGGGAACAAAGUCAGGAGAGGGAGUUGUGAUUACACGUUCACGCACUAAAUGCUUAAACCAAAUGAGUCUUAAUCCAGCAAAUAACACUUGGUUUGUUCUGGAGACAAAUUAUGACAACUGGGAACCUCCGCUGGUAAUUGAUGACAGGAGAACUCCGGGGAAAGCAUGCAUGAACAAAAUGGGACAAGAGGCUGUGUCAUUUAAAGGCUUGUAUAAUGUUCUCUCCACCCAACCUGUCUUAAACAAGUUGACAACAUACACAACACUGAUGCAAGCCAGCACUGGCAAAGUGGAGACAUACAUUAGAUUUUGCAAGGACCCUUGCUUUCCUUGGUAGACCAAAUCUCAGGAAUCAACUUGAAACAUUUCUAAAUUAUAAAGGAUUAAACCAAAAUUAUCAAAAGUAAAGAAGGUUCUCAAUGGCUUGUGGCAAGUUACUUCUGACUUUCUUUCCUCUAGGAUUUGUAAAUUCAAUAUCGGCUAGCUGGACUGUACUGUUAUCAUAAAUACGCUAAGAACUAGAAUUCUAAAAUGACUUUUCUGGAUAAGUUAUUUGUAAUUAAUAUCAAAAUGUAUGAAUUGAAUAUGUUGUUAGAAUAAAUACAAUUUACUGCUGUUA